AUGUAUCAACGUCAACAAGGUCUCUUACACAAUGAUACCCUCGAUGAACUUAUCAAUCUACUUGCCAUUGAAACAUUAAUCAACGACGAUGCAACAUCAUCAUCAUCAUUCUCGGAUAGUGGUGAAGAUGUUCAAAUAGUUAAUCCAAAAGACAAAAAACAAUCAACAACAACAACCACCAAACCAAAGAAACAAAUUAAUAAACCAAUCACUGCAUCAGCUGAAACAACAGCAAAUCAAACAACAACCACGAAUACCAAUACACAUACAACAUCAAUACAAUCAUCUAUCACAACAAAUGAUAGUAUUAAAAAACCCAAAGGGAAAAUAGUGGAUCCUUAG